AUUAUUUUGUUUUAUUGAAGAAGAAGCACCCUUCUCUUCUCCUCUUACUUUAUUUUCUUCCUUUCUUCUUCAUCAUCAAUUUUCAGCUCAUUACUCUGCACCUUCCUUUUUUUUGUAACAUACUGAUAUACAUACUUAACCCAUAUUGCGUUUCCUUUAUCCUUGUUAGAUAUAUUAAUAUUAGUCACUUGUAAGAAUUACUACCAAUUCUUUGUAAUUUUCUUCAGUUUCAGUUUUGACAAAAAAAAUAUGGAUGAAUUUGGCGUUUUGGUUGAGAGAUAUGGCGUUAAAGUUCAAGGCGGCAAGUCAACACCGAUGGCCAAUUUGAAGGCUAAUAAGACCAAUUUCACCAAUGGCUUUCCCUCAAACCUUGGGUUUAAUUCGGGUCAAAACUCGGGUUACAGCUCCGAUCCAUUUGACGGAUCAUUUCCGAAUGAUCUCGAUGGAAUUUUCCGGUCCAAGAGUUCACAGAAUUACGACAAUAAUGAUAUUUUCGGUGGCGUUUUUGCUAAUUCAAAGCAGCAGAAUAAUGUUGAUAUUGAAUCAGUGUUAGGCGGUUCUAAUAGUAAUAAUAACAAUAACUAUGGUGGUAAUAAUUCGUAUGAUGAUUUUGAUUUGUUUGGUACGGCACCAAAGAGGAGUGACUCAAUUGAUGAUUUAUUUGGGAAUUUGGGAUUGAAAUCGGAUGGUCCGAAGAAAGAUCAUGCUGGAAAAAGGUCAGAAAGUGAUGAUUUGAUUCCUGGAUUUGGUGAUUUUAGCUCCCCCAGUUAUGGCAAAAAGCUAGAGACCAAAGGUUCUCAGCAGUCGAAUUCUUCUAAAUCAAGCUCCUCUUCGCCAGAUGAUCCAUUUUUAGUUUUUGAAUCAUCCACCAGGGAGGCAAAUGCUGCUACUUGGCCAUUUUCAGAAUCAUCAGAACAUCAUCCUGGAAUUAGCACUGUAACUUCUUCAAUUGACGAACUUGAAGAUUUUGCGAAUUUUAAGGUUAGGAGUAAUAUAACUGAACGAUCACAUGAUACUAAAAGGGACACGUAUGUAAAGAAGCCCGUGGACAGAGCACAAGAGAAGUCCAAAAAUGUAAGAGUGACGAUCAACAAACCGAGCAAGACAACAACACCAAAAUCUGCAGCUAAGGGCCACGUGUCUGCAGAUUUCCAUGAGAAAGGAAAGCCUGAAGAAAAGAAAUCAUCAUCCAUAAGGAAGAAUGUGUCGCCUGUGAAAAACUUUGUUGAUGAUUUAAUGUUUUUUGGAGACUCUGCUCCUUCCUCUGAGGUAUUUCAGGAAGUUGAAGGAGAAAGUGAAGAAAGACGAAGAGCUAGAUUGAAGCAUCAUAUGAAGACCCAAGAGCGCAUGGCUAAGGCUUUGGCUGAGAAGACUCAGCGCGAUCUUCAGUCUCAGAAUGAGCAGGAAGAGAAGCAU